AUGAACAUGUUGGACGUAGAAGACGACAGCUUUCAAGUCACACGUGAAGGCUGCUCCUAUCUGAGUGACUCAGAAUGGGAGGUAGUCGGCCGCACGAGUGUGCUCAUGGGCGUACCCGCCAUCAGUGGUGUAUUGCAGUCUCGAAGCAAAGACCAGCAACAUGCUGCUAUCAACAAGUUCCUACAAGGGGAACUUGCCGUCGAUAGACAGAAGGUAGCCUUGCUACAGCAGCGAGGCUCUCAUCAACCGAUGGGCGGACCGACGCACAUGCGUCGACCCGAAAACUUGAAGAUUGACAUCUCAAGGUACAAGGAAACCGAUGAAGAUUCUCUUUUGAGAUGGUUCGACGAGUUAGACACUGCCAUCAGGGUUCGUCACAUUAAGGGUGAUGAAAUUCAAGUCACCUUCGCCCUGUCAAAUUUGACGGGACUAGCAAAGACGUGGGCAUUAGGGCUCAAGCUUCACGACCUAAAUGUGUUACAGUCGUUGGAUAUCUUGAAGUCUCGGCUCAAAGAGACGUGUGAGCCGCCGAGAGCCGAGUUCAGAGCACGCUAUGCACUCUUGAGGCUAAAGCAAGGUAAGUGUGACGUGCACGCUUGCGCACAUCACCUGCGCUACCUUGCUAGUAGCGUUACAAGGAACCCUAUUGAUGAGCAUACGCUCAUCAACGUGUUCAUCUACGACCUUGUAGGUGGGCUGGUGAAGACCUACAUGUUCCGAGAGCAUUUCCGUACGCUGGAAAGGGCGAUUAAGUAUGCGGAACAAGAAGAAUUAAGCCUGAUACAUCCUCAGACUAACUCGUCCAACUAUCGUCCGACGAGGCGACAGGAAACAGGAGGUCCCGAACCGAUGGACCUCUGUUACAACGAGAGCAAGAAAUCUCGCUCUUUGAGUCACAAGCAAACGGCAAGAUGCCACCGCUGUCAGAAGAUUGGACACUACGCUCAUGAGUGUAGUGUCCCGAGCACUGCGGCACGUCCGAAAACAGGACGUGAUGACCGCUAUCGGCCAAGGAAGGGUCCAAGGCGUGGGUCCAACCAUGUCGCCAAGCCGCGACAGAAAGUCGGACCGUAA